AUGGCUGCUCAUCUCAUCGUUCUUUUUCUUUUCAGUGUGCUCAAAGGAGUUCACAGCAUAACUACAGUCAGUAAAGUAUCAGUGGAAGCUGGAAAAUCGAUCUCCAUCCCAUGUCUCUACGAGUCAAAAUAUAUAGACCAUGUGAAGUACUUGUGUGAAGGACAUAUAUGGAGCUCCUGCAGCUAUGCAGUAAAAACAAACAAACCAGACCCUUCAGGAAAAUAUUCAAUCUCUGAUGACAAAAAAGAACAAAUUUUUACUGUGACUAUAAAAAAUCUGACAUAUCAAAAUACUGAUUACUGGUGUGUGGUGGAGAUUAAUAAUGGACCGGAUUGCGGACAGUAUUUUCAACUAUCAGUUACCAGUGGUACCCCCAGUCUCUAUGUGGCUCAUCAGAGGAUUACAGGAUAUAUUGGAGAAAGCAUAACUAUUAGAUGUCACCACAGUAACUCUGGAGAAAUAAAGUGGUGCAGGUUGGGCAGAAACUGUGUGACAGGAUCAUCUGGAUCCAUAGAUGGUGCAGCAGUGACCACUCAUAUGAGAGACCCAAAUGUUUUCACAGUGACCAUGAGUGGACUAAAGUCAGAGAACAGUGGCUGGUAUUGGUGUGCUGAAGGGGACAUUCAGAUACCAGUAUAUUUAAAUGUUACAGAGAAACCAAUUAAUAGCCUGAACCCCCUCAGUGAGAUCAUCACUGGCUAUGGAUACCGACUACGGAGUGGAGCAGUUGUCAGUCACCUCCUCUACAUGGAUGACAUCAAGCUGUAUGCCAAGAGUGAACAAGACAUCAAUUCACUGAUCCCCACAACCCGGAUCUUCAUGGAAGGACAGGCCCUGCACGGUACGUACCACUGGCAGAUCAAGAAAGUGGGUGACAUCCAGAAGUCCUACCAGUGGCUAGACAAAGCUGGAUUGAAAGACAGCACAGAGGCACUAAUCAUGGCAGCAUAG